UACUUAAGUCGUGUUAAAUGUUCGUUAAUAAUGCAGUAUUUUUUGUACCAUUUUAAUACUUUUAUACAAAUACAGAAAUGUAAAACAAUAAUUAUCCAAAAAGAUUAACAACAAGGAUUAUAAUUUCCUAAAUCAAACGCUUAACUUUCCCUCAGCCAGAGGGUACUUCUCCUACCGACAAAGCAAAACUACAUGAAUGAGUUAUGGUAUUAGUAUUCUGCGUGCACUCCAUGUGUUCAGUUUAUGCCGUGAAGUCGUGCUACACCACGUAAAUGUAGCAUGACGAAUGUUUUUAAAAAUCAGUUUGUUUUACAUUCAAAGAUUAAGUUUAUAAUUUUUGUGUAAUGGGCACUUCAAUUACUGCUUAUUUGGAAUAUACAUCUAUACAAUUAAAAGAUGUAUUUGCUGCCACAUGUGAUAUUAAAAAUAAUAUUACUAACAAGCACCAUAGCGGAACCUGUGUUAGAAAUUUUAUUACCAGCAGAGAAUGGUCAAACCCUAACAAAUGUGGAUCAAUCCAACUCAGCCAAUGAUGAUGAUAAAACAUUAGCACAGCAAAUUUUUGAAGGCAAGUAUGGUCUUAUACAUAAAGAACUAUUCAAUGACAUACCAUCAAGACCUGGAAUUAUAAGUUACAACAUAAAUCCCGAAGUGCCAAAGGACAACAUCAAUAAUUUAGGAGGGUUAGAUCCUGAUGAAAUAUGGCUGGCAGAGAAUCAUUUACUUGUAUUAAGAGGGGGGAAUUUUAGUGAUAAAAAAGUCAAAUGGUCAUACAUAGAUAAUUUUAUUGCUCCAUUAAGACAGGUAAAAAUACCAGAAAACCCUAAAAUACCUCCACCAUUUCCAAUACAGCUGGAAGACAACGGACCUAUUGAUUUUGUAUCAAUUAAUGGUUCCACUUGGAAUCCAGUAUUUCCUCCUCCAUUCCCAUCAGUUCAAAACCCACCACUUCCAAACACAACAUUUGAUGAAGAUGAUCAGUCAUUAUUUUAUCCACCUAAGUAUGAUUUUGUAUAUACUCAAGAAAAUUCUACAAGAGUUCCUCCGGGUCCAUUAGUUCCUGGAAUAGUUUUGCCACCACCACCAAAUUUCUUUGGUCCUUUAGAAAAACCAGAAAAAACUAAAAAAAUUAACUUAAAUACAAAUAAAACAAUUCCAAGAUUUAAUCAAAAACCAUACUUUAAAAUUCCCAAAGGAAAUCAUAAUGCUAAAGAAAAUGGAUGGGUUCCAAUACCAUCAAUGAAGCCAAACUACAUUGUAAGGUUUGAAAAUCAAAAGUAAUAUUCUUAUAAGUACUACUGAAAGUAGUAAUAAUUACAAUUCAAAUAAUAACCAACAAAUUAAUUUCCCCAAUCACCAAUUUUUCCUAGAAAAUCCAGUAGGACAUACAACAAGUCAUCCAGAUUCUUAUUAUUAUUAUGAAGAAAAAUAAAUAAAUAUGAUGUAGAAAAACCAGCUCAACACAAUAAAUAUGAAGAUUCUAAUAUAAAAAAUCAACAAUUUGAUUUCCAAAAUAAUUACGAAAAGUCUACUACAGUUAAGCCACAUUAUGAGUAUAGUUAUAUCGCUCCAGAGUACGAUAUUAAAUCCCAAAUUCAAAAUCCAAUCCAUAAACAAAAA